CAUAUUUGUGAAUGGUGAAGUUUGGGGUUGGUGUGUGUCCUCUCUUCGCUCGUGCCUCUCUUUUUCUAUCUAUCUUAGCACGCGAUCUGUGAUUGUCAGAAAAAGAGAGAGAUGAUGUAUUCGCGGUUUAGAACCGUUACCGGAAACCUCAAAUGCGCCACGAAACGUUUCUCUUCAUCUUCCUCCACAACCACCGCAACAGCGUCUGAAUUCCCGCAGAAUCUAGCGGGACUUCGAGCUAGGCUGGCGGUGGAGUCGCCGUCGCUGUCGGAUUUCAUUUCCCUGAAGUCGGACAACGCGUACUCUGUGGAGGUUGGUACGAAGAAGAAACCGCUCCCGAAACCGAAAUGGAUGAAGGAGUCAAUUCCCGGUGGUGAGAAGUACGUGCAGAUCAAGAAAAAGCUUCGCGAAUUGAAGCUUCAUACGGUUUGCGAGGAGGCAAAGUGCCCUAACUUAGGUGAGUGUUGGUCCGGUGGUGAAACCGGCACUGCUACCGCCACUAUAAUGAUUCUCGGAGACACUUGUACUCGAGGUUGCAGAUUUUGCAAUGUUAAAACAUCAAGGACUCCUCCACCGCCUGACCCUGAUGAGCCCACCAACGUGGCUGAGGCAAUCGCAUCAUGGGGUUUGGAAUAUGUGGUUAUAACAAGUGUUGACCGUGAUGAUUUACCUGAUCAAGGGAGUGGUCAUUUUACUGAAACAGUGCAGAAGUUGAAGAUUCUGAAACCUAGCAUGCUAAUAGAAGCGUUAGUUCCCGACUUCCGAGGAAAUGCUGAGUGUGUAGAGAAGGUUUCCAAAUCAGGAUUAGAUGUCUUUGCACAUAAUAUCGAGACAGUUGAAGAGCUUCAGAGUGCUGUGCGGGAUCACCGGGCUAAUUUUAAGCAGUCUUUGGAUGUCCUGAUGAUGGCCAAGGAAUAUGCCCCAGCGGGAACCCUCACCAAGACUUCAAUAAUGUUAGGUUGUGGGGAAACACCUGAUCAGGUUGUGAAGACAAUGGAGAAGGUGAGAGCAGCUGGUGUUGAUGUGAUGACAUUUGGUCAGUAUAUGAGACCCUCGAAGCGCCAUAUGCCAGUAUCAGAAUAUAUUACACCUGAGGCCUUUGAGAAGUAUCAGACUCUUGGCAUGGAAAUGGGAUUUCGAUAUGUGGCAUCUGGGCCCAUGGUAAGGUCAUCAUACAAAGCAGGUGAAUUCUAUAUAAAAUCCAUGAUUGACUCAGAUCGGGCUGCAUCUUCCUCAAAUUUGAGCGCCAGUUGAUCAUUCUUUUUUCAUUCAUUUUUGUUAUUUACACACUACUAAUGUGCAUUAUGUAUAAGAAGAGGCACAGGCUUACUUCAUUCUGUUGAUGCCCAUACCACAUGUAAAGUAAUUUAUCCUUAAAAUGGUAUUGAAUGGGCUUAUGAUGUCCGCAGCAUCCCCACCCCAACACUCACACCGCAAGCAUCAAUGAGUGGGUAAAUUUAUUUGGAAAAUGCAAAUCUUAGAGGUUAAUAACGUGUUCUCAUUUUUCCCUCUUAAACCCGGGCAAUAUAUACUUUUAAUUGUCUGUGAAAAGUAUAUAGGCUGAAUCUAUUAUUUGAAAAAUCAUGUAAAACUGUUGACUUUGAUGUGGUUGAGUUCAAGUGUUUACUUUACAAAGUGUUUA